CAGAGUAGAUGGAAUCAUUUUGGCUUCCUUUUAAACACCCAAUUUCCCAUCCUCUGCAGUUCGAGCGAAAGCCUCCUCGGCUUCGUCUUCUUCUCAUCCCAACCAACUACUCAGCGAAAGAAUCUCCACCUCCGUACACUCUGCCAGUUAAGUAAUAGUUUCUCGGGCGGGUUUCUGAUCUUAUCUCUGGAGAGCAAUCAUACCAAACACAUUAUUAUUGUUAACCCAAAGCAAAGAACGGACAAAAAAGAGAAAGGAGAAGACAAUAAAUAAGGGGAAGGAAGAAGAAGCUCCCUCCCUUUUUUUUUAAUAUAUCUUUCCCGUGCUUCUCGUUGCGCCAUUUCUCGUUUACAAAAGCUUGUCAAAGACCCAAAGUUCCCUCUACUCCAAUUGCAACCUCCCUCUUCAAUUUGUAGGGAUUUUCCCAUUCUUACACAGAGCAAUGGCUGCACAACCAACAGAGUAUGUCUCGGCCGGUGAAGCAGAGGACGCUGCCGCAACAGCAAGUAAAACCAAAAUGGUGCAUGACCUUCUCCAAGGUAUUCAUCUCGUUGCUUCGAUGGAGGCUAUUGCUCUUGGUGCUCAGGCAGGAAUCCACCCUUGGAUUGUUUAUGACAUCAUCUCCCAUGCCGCCGGUAACUCAUGGGUUUUCGAGAAUCAUAUACCCCAGCUGCUGAAAUCCGAUAUCAAGGCUGAUUUUGUUAGCACUUUGCUGCAGGAUUUGAGGGCUGCGUUGGACAUGGCCAAGUCACUCGCAUUCCCUCUUCCACUUUUGGCUGUUGCUCAUAGACAGCUCAUUCUUGCAUCCUCACAUUGUCUUCAAGUUGGGAAUGAUGUAGCCGCCCCAUUGGUUGAGGCUUGGGAGAAACUCUUGAGACUAAAUAUUCAAGAUGCAGCUAAUGCUAAACUGUACAGCCCUGAGCAGUUGGCUCUGCAAGUUGCCACCAAAUCUGCUGCUGUGAAGCGUGUUGGCUUCAUUGGCCUUGGAGCAAUGGGUUUUGGGAUGGCAACUCACCUGCUGAAGUCAAAUUUCUGUGUCCUUGGAUUCGAUGUUUAUAAGCCCACUCUAGCAAGAUUUGUUGAUGCUGGAGGUUUAAUUGGCGCAUCUCCUGCAGAUGUAUCUAAAGAUGUUGAUGUGCUUGUGGUCAUGGUUGCAAAUGAAGCUCAGGCUGAUAGUGUUCUGUAUGGAGAGUUUGGUGCUGUUAAAGUCCUUCCUGCGGGAGCAGCUGUCAUCCUUUCUUCCACAGUAUCUCCUGCUUUUGUAAUCCAACUGGAACAGCGGUUGAUAAAUGAGGGCAAGAAAUUGAAGUUUGUGGAUGCUCCUGUUUCUGGUGGCGUUAAGAGAGCUGCUGAUGGAACACUUACGAUUAUGGCUUCUGGUACCCCUGAAGCUCUUGAAAGUGCUGGUUCUGUUCUCUCAGCUAUGAGUGAGAAGCUUUAUGUCAUUAAAGGUGGCUGUGGCGCUGGAAGUGGCAUAAAAAUGGUUAAUCAGUUGCUUGCUGGAGUUCAUAUAGCUUCAGCAGCUGAAGCAAUGGCUUUUGGAGCUCGACUAGGACUGCAUACAAGGAAACUAUUUCAAUCCAUAGCAAAUAGCGGAGCUACAUCUUGGAUGUUUGAGAAUAGGGUCCCACACAUGUUGGACAAUGAUUAUACCCCAUAUUCUGCACUUGACAUUUUUGUGAAGGAUUUGGGAAUUGUUUGUAACGAAUGUUCAUCCAGAAAUCUUCCACUUCAUAUUGCAACAGUCGCAAACCAGCUCUUCCUGGCAGGUUCUGCUGCUGGUUGGGGUCGGCAAGAUGAUGCUGGAGUUGUAAGGGUUUAUGAAACGCUCACAGGAGUUAAAGUUGAAGGAAAGCUUCCAAUUCUUGAGAAAGAUGUUGUGCUACAAUCUCUUCCACCUGAAUGGCCCUUGGAUCCUAUUGAUGAUAUACAUAGACUCAACCAGAGCAAUCUGAAAACCUUGGUAGUUCUAGAUGAUGAUCCGACUGGUACCCAAACUGUUCACGAUAUUGAAGUGUUAACUGAAUGGAGCACCGAGGCACUUGUUGAUCAGUUUAGGAAAAAGCCGUCCUGCUUUUUCAUUUUAACCAACUCUAGAGCUUUGAGUUCUGACAAGGCUAGCUCAUUGGUAAAAGAUGUGUGUACCAACCUAAGUAUUGCAGCUAGAGGAGUUGAAAAUGUUGACUAUACGGUAGUCUUGAGAGGAGAUUCAACUUUACGCGGUCAUUUCCCAGAGGAAGCAGAUGCAGCUGUCUCAGUGAUUGGCGAGGUUGAUGCUUGGAUCAUCUGUCCAUUUUUCCUUCAAGGAGGCCGCUAUACUAUCAAUGAUAUACACUAUGUUGCAGAUUCUAAUAGGCUUGUUCCUGCUGGGGAUACAGAGUUUGCUAAGGAUGCUGCUUUUGGAUAUAAAUCUUCAAACCUUUGUGAGUGGGUUGAAGAAAAGACUAAGGGAAGAAUUCCAGCCCGGGAUGUCACCUCUGUAUCUAUCGAACUAUUGAGGAAGGGUGGACCUGAUGCUGUAUGUGAACUUCUUUGUGGUCUGCCUAAGGCGUCCACAUGUAUAGUUAAUGCAGCAAGUGAAAGGGACGUGGCUGUGUUCUCAUGUGGAAUGAUCCAGGCAGAGUUGAAGGGCAAAACUUUUUUGUGCCGCACUGCUGCAAGUUUUGUUUCAUCUUGUAUUGGUAUCAUUCCGAAAGCUCCAAUGCUUCCAAAAGAUCUUGGAAUUAACGAACAAAUGGAAGGGGCACUCAUUGUUGUAGGGUCGUAUGUACCGAAGACAACAAAACAGGUUGAAGAACUUAAAUUGCAAUGUGGCCAUAUGUUAAAGUGCAUUGAGGUAUCUGUUGAUAAAUUAGCUCUAAAGUCUGCGGAAGAGAGAGAAGAGGAAAUAAAUAGAGCAGCUGAGAUGGCAAACCAUUUCCUGGGAGCUUCCAAGGACACUUUAAUAAUGACCAGUCGAGAACUUAUAACAGGAAAAACUCCUUCUGAGAGUUUGGAAAUCAAUUUCAGAGUGAGUUCUGCUUUAGUGGAAAUAGUGAAGCAGAUAUCUGUGAGUCCUCGAUACAUUCUUGCAAAGGGUGGAAUCACCUCAUCAGAUCUUGCUACAAAGGCUCUAGGAGCAAAGCGUGCCAAAAUAGUUGGACAAGCCUUGGCUGGUGUUCCCUUGUGGCAGCUUGGUCCAGAAAGUAGACAUCCUGGUGUUCCAUACAUUGUUUUUCCUGGUAAUGUUGGCGAUAGUAAAGCAGUUGCAGAUGUGGUGAAAUCUUGGGCUCUUCCAGCUGCCAAAAUCUCGUCGACAAAAGAGAUCCUACUUAAUGCAGAGGAAGGUGGAUACGCCGUUGGGGCGUUCAAUGUGUACAAUAUGGAAGGAGCUCAGGCCGUUGUUGCUGCAGCAGAGGAGGAAAAUAGUCCUGCUAUCUUACAGAUUCAUCCCAGUGCGUUGAAACAAGGAGGGAAGCCACUAGUGGCUUGUUGCAUUGCUGCUGCUAAAAACGCUAAGGUUCCUAUCACUGUUCACUUUGAUCAUGGAACUUUGAAGCAAGAGUUGAUGGAAGCAUUGGAUACGGGAUUUGAUUCAGUGAUGGUAGACGGUUCACAUCUAUCCUUCAAAGAUAACAUUUCGUACACGAAGUACAUAUCAGUGCUGGCUCACUCCAAGAACAAGGACAUCCUGGUGGAGGCUGAACUCGGAAGGUUAUCUGGUACAGAAGACGACUUGACCGUGGAAGACUAUGAAGCAAGAUUCACUGAUGUAAAUCAGGCAGAAGAGUUCAUGGAGGAGACAGGAAUAGAUGCACUGGCCGUCUGCAUUGGAAAUGUGCAUGGGAAGUACCCUCCAACCGGACCAAAUCUCAAACUUGACUUGCUCAAGGAUUUGCAUGCCUUGAGCUCGAAGAAAGGUGUGUUCCUUGUGCUGCACGGAGCUUCUGGAUUGUCCCCGCAGCUCAUCAAGGCUUGUAUAGAACGGGGUGUAAGGAAGUUCAACGUUAAUACGGAGGUGCGGAAAGCUUACAUGGACUCCCUGAGCAGCCCGAGGAAAGAUCUAGUUCACGUCAUGGCCGCUUCAGUGGAUGCCAUGAAAGUGGUGGUUGCAGAGAAGAUGCGCCUGUUUGGCUCUACCGGGAAAGCCCAUCCAUGAACCAUGAAUGAUGCUUUUUUCUCCUUACCAAUUGUUGCCCUGGUUUCUUUCCCUCGUUGUUCAUGUUGUUGUAACUUGUAUAUUUUUCUUGUGAUGAUGAUAUCAGCAGUGAUAGUUAAUACACGGAAUCUGAUAUCAGAUAUUCCAAUUGGUCGCCAGUUUUGAAUUACCUACGCAUGAUGAUCCUUUCCCAUAAAUAAAACCACAAAGAGGAAGAAGCUACUUAUUUCUCUAAUGUAUAUACUCCAUACUGUACUGUAAUAACAUAUCUAUUUGACUGUCGUUCAUACUGUCAUGUUAGCAUUUUUAUCGAUC